ACACAUCACGGGUUCUUUCAUUAAGGUUUUACAUCUUGCUAAUGCCAAGCAACGAAGUCACUCUUAUCGCGAUAAGGCCAUCGAUAAGGAAUGAAGGUUUAGAAGGUCACAAGUUCAAAUCAGACAUCUAUCUUCAUCCCUUCAUCCUGUUGGCAGUCUUCUAUUUGUAUUUGCUGUUUGCAUUGCUAUUGAUUUUGCGUCCUUCAUUUAUUCAUUAUAUCCUCAUUGCGCAACCAAGGCAAUUUCUCUUAACAUUCUAUCUAGAUUCAUCGACCUUAUUGAGUCCUUAUCUCUACGGCUUCUGCGUACACUCCAACCUAAAUCCCUAGACAACCACAACCACAAUCAACAUGGAAUACAAAAUGGAAUACAAACAACCUUUACAAACAUACUCCGAUAGGAUAACUCCUCGCAUCAUUAUCCAUGGCGGCGCAGGUAAUAUUCUACCUGCGAACCUUCCACCCGCGAAGUAUAAGCUCUAUCACGACUCGCUUCUUCGCAUCAUAUCCAAUACUCAUUACUUUCUCACCUCACCAUCCUCUUUCCCACUCCACAAAACCUCUUCUUCCACCACAACCGCUCUGGAUGCCGUCACCUAUGCAGUUACGCAAUUGGAAGAUAAUCCUUUGUUCAACAGUGGACAUGGCGCGGUCUUCACACGCGACGGAAUCAAUGAACUGGAGGCAUCGAUAAUGGUAUCUAGUGGGAAGAAAAAGAGAGGAGUCGGCAUCAUGGGGUUGCAACACGUCAAAAAUCCUAUAAAGCUCGCACGCGAGAUGUUGAUACGAGGAGAACAAGACCUAGAGGGUGGAAAUGGAGAACAUAGGGGGCCAAUGAGUGUUGAGGAUAGAUUUAAAGAGACACAUGGAGCACAAGGGCAUUCACAGCUACACAAAUAUUCGGCAGAGAAACUGGCAGAAGCAUGGGGGUUGGAGAUUGUAGAUGAAAAAUACUUCUUUGUUCAAGCGAGAUGGGACGAACAUAUCUCGGGUUUGAAAAAGGAGAAAGAUGGAAACGGACAUGCAUCAUGGGAUGCCCAGGAAUUUAUACCACAAGGGACUUGCGGUGCCGUCUGUCUUGACUCAGAUGGAGUGUUGUGUGUAGGUACAAGUACUGGUGGUAUGACAAAUAAAUUGACAGGGAGAAUUGGCGAUACACCGACCUUAGGGGCUGGUUUCUGGGCCGAGGAAUGGGAGGAUACAUCGGCUGACGAAGAUUUGCAUCGACUCCAACAACUCCGUCGAAGAAUGCGCAACCAAGGACCUAUCAUAGAUUUGGGUAAUCAAUUGAAAGCAAUCGUGGCAGAUUGCUUCCCAGGCUUAAAUUUAAGAACCUACAAUCCGAUUUACCAAGAAUGGCUAGAAGACGAAGCACUGAGUGCCAGGAAAUAUAUGAGGUCAACCGCUAUGUCAGGUACUGGAAAUGGCGACUCUUUCCUUCGCCUAGCUGCCGUACGCACCGCAUCAGCGAUUGCUCGUUAUCGUCCUGGAACUUCCCUACAAGCCGCCAUCACUGAGGUUACUGGCCCUGGCGGAGAUCUUGUUAAAUCGGCAGGUGACCGAUGGAAGAAAACAGGUGAAGGCGAAGGAGGUAUCAUCGGUAUUGAGUUCAAGGUUGUAGUUGAUAAGCAUGGCCAGAGAAAGGACGCAGUGAGUCAAGUCGUCUAUGACUAUAACUGUGGAGGGAUGUUUCGCGCAGCUAUUAACGAAGAUGGAAAGGCUGUAAUGAGAGUAUGGAGGCCUGGUCAGUACGAUGGCUUGGAGAUAUAUGAAGGUGAAGGAAGAGAGUAUGAAGUUGCCGAUUGGGUCGACGCAAAAUAAGGGUUCAAUCGAUGGGUUUCGAGGGCUAGUAUGAUUAAUGAUUAACACAGUUCACGGAGCAAACGUCUGUUUUCUCGGACGCGAUGUAUGUUCAAGGUGUCAGUCAUGUCCAGCGGUGCAAUUUUAUGGAACCUCCAGUGAGGACAGUCAAGAACAAUGUAAAGUAAUUUCUCCAAAUAAUUUUGGUUCCAAGAUAUAGAGGUCCAGGAAUCACGUGGGACUUACAACGUAAACAUACAAUUUUCAAAUUCUUCUCCAUACGGUCCAUGGAUUUCCAUCAACAAAUAACUCAGCCGACUAUGCUACGCUCAACCAGCAGCAUUAUUCCCCUCACUAGCCUUACAUCUCGAAAAUCUCCAUUCAAGAACCUACGUGCACCCUAAUUCUUGCCGGGUCAUUUAUCCCUCCUCAAUUAUAUUUCCUACCCGCAUCUUCGCAUCCUUCACAAAGACCUUACUACUUUCCGGCACAUCUUCCAUUGUGUCUUCCU